AUGUAUCUUUUGAAUGGUACCAAAAAAGCUUUAGUAUUCGUGGCUAAUGGUUCAGAAGAUACUGAAGUAGUGGCUACGGUCGAUGUAUUACGACGAGGUGGUAUUGAUGUAAAAUUAUGUAGUGUUGAAAAGAACGUUAAAAACCCAAUAAUAUGUGCUAAUAAUAUUCAACUAGUACCUGAUUUACAUAUAGACGAUGUUCAAGGACAACAAUUUGAUGCUGUUAUCAUACCUGGAGGUAGUAAAGGUACAGAACAGAUAGCAUCAUGCAAAAAAGCCGGUGCUCUUCUUGUUGAUCAUUAUAAAACAAAUAAAUUGGUUGCAGCUAUCUGUGCUGGUCCUAUAGCAUUAAGUACACAUUUAUAUGAUGCCGAUGAAAAUGCACGUAAACAUGAUAUAACAUGUUAUCCUGAAACAGCUAAUACACUUAAAAAUAAAUUUAAAUCAGUUACAUUCGAUAGACCUGUUGUUUAUAGUGAAAUUAAUAAUCAUCAUUUAAUCACUAGUCAAGGACCAGCAACAGCAAUUGAAUUUGCUUUAAAAAUAUUGUGUCAUUUAACUGAUGAAAUCAAAGCUGAAGAAAUACGUAAAAAAUUACUUGCUUAA